AGCUUGGUCAUCCAUUUUUCGGGUUGGCUGUCUACCAUUUUUCACGGGUUGACCCAUUUCGAAUUGUUUAAUCAUUUUAUCGAUCCCUUCUUCAACUUUGUACAACCACAUUUGAGACUUAUCCUCUCCAUUUGAAAGAAACACAAACAAUACCCAUUUGUUCUCUUUACGGGUGGUCUUCAACCCACAGAUCCCAUCUUGCAUUCAUCAAAUGGACUGGGUAUGGAGAGAUUAGGAGGCAAAAUUGACUACCACCACACAAGAGAUCUCGAAUUUGGCUUUGUGUAAUCAUCUCUCCCAUGGUUUCAGAGUUGAAAUUAUAGCUGGGUUUCUUCUGAUUUUGAACAAAUCCCAUUUGAUUAAAGCUGUUUGGAUGCUGGGUAUCCCUUGAUUGCUCACUGCGCGUGGUUAACAAACUGCAGGAUUGGGUCGGUGAAGCAAUGGCUGCGAAAGGGACCGGAGAAGACAAUUAUGAAAGCAGACAGAAAAGUAUUACCAGACGCUCAUUUGCAUUCGCAGAAGCAGUAAGCCAAGCCACUGAAAAGAAUGCCUCGGCCUUCAUGAAUAGAAUAACACAACGAGUCCCGAAUGAAGGUGGGGUACGUCAACUUGGCCCAAGCUUCUAUGGUGAGGUACCGGCCGAUGUGGAGAAAGUAUUGAGCCAGCAUGAAGUAGACGAUUCUAGUUACUUCAGUGAAGGAAAAGCAUGGGGAGCAUGGAGCACAAAACCUGGAAAAUGGCCUAGUGAAACGGCCAAUUGGCUUCCAUGGGUCGAACGAGUCGAGAAGCGAUUUGGGGAUGUAUGGAAACAACUUGGGAUCUAUGACGCCAUCAAGCUUUCUACCAUUACCAUGCCUUGUGACCGCUCCUUGCUGGCUGCCGCUAUGUGUUUUUGGAGUUCACAAACAAACUCUCUGGAGCUUCAAUUUGGUGCACUUAGUCCUACCUUGAUUGACAUAGCGGCCAUUAUAGGCUUGCCGCCACAUGGGCAAGUGGUGGACAUUGUACUUGCAGAAGGAAAGUUCGACAUUGAUCUUGGUUGCGAGCUAAGAGAUCGAAGUAAGGGUAGACCAGCCGUUGCUAAUUUUAAUACAUGGAUUGAGGUGUUUAACAACGGCUUGAUGAGUAAGUCAGUGAGUGGGGACAACAGCCUAGAAGAAAAAGAGGAAAGCCAACAUGAGACAACAGAAGUUACUCCUGUAGAGCAUGCUGGUUUUCUUGCCGUUUGGAUAUGCAAGUUCUUAGUGUGCACGACUUCUAGAAAAGUGAAUGUGGAAUAUUACAAGUUGGCUGAAGCAUUAGCAAGUAAAGAAGUGCAAGAGAGCGAUCAGCCAUUAGCUCUUGGUUCUUUUGUGCUUGCCCACUUGUACAGAUGUCUUCACCAUUGUGUGACCGAAGGACUGAAUCCAAAUUGGUCUGGGCCAUUGUGGAUUUUUCAGUUGUGGUUGCACACUUAUUUUCCCGCUUUUAGACAACCGGGUUUAGCAUUGGCCGCAGACCACACUAUUGGACAACAGUUGGCGCCGCUUGACUUACUUCCUCAUUCGGCUGAAGAGUGUUUUGAGAUGUUGUUCAAGUGUCCAGAAUUCUCAGCAGAACAGUAUGCCGUUUGUUUCGGCAGGAAGUAUCCACCCUAUCUGGCCAUGGAUAUCAGCCAACCCAUCUCAGAAAGUGAUUCGAAAUGGAAAAGUGCAUGUUUAGCUUGGAAGAGUGCAAUAGGUAUGAGGGAUCUCUUCUGGGGUGCUCUGUCUGGUAAGACACUUAAACGUGGAGUGGAGUUAUAUGCACCAUCAUAUUUCAGUCGUCAGUUGGGAUAUUUUCAAGCUAUACCUGCUCCAGUUCCAGAGUCGUCCAACCGAUAUAGUUCUUUACGAGCAGUUUUCUCCACCAAGGAUGACAUUGAGCAGAAUAAUAAGGCUUUUCGGUUUAACAUGAGCUUCGCCAUGAAGACAAGGGUAGCAACUAGCAAGAGCUCUUCUCAUUUCAGAGAGUGGUGGAUGAAACGAGUAGGUAGCCGUUUUAAAGAUGGGUUAGUAUCAGCUAAGCGAUCGGCUUUUGCAGGAAAUCCAUGGGCACAAGAAAAGCCAAAAGCUGUAAAGCGUGGUAAGACAACAAGCAAAGUUGCCAAAGCUAUCCCAACUAUAAGUGGCCAAGAGUCUUUGAAGAACUGUACUAGAGUUGGCAAAAAGAGAAAGGCCAUCCCUAGUUCGGCCACCGAUUCGGCCAAAGAUGGUGUCACUAGGUCCUCAACGUCUCAAUCUCCUCCAUCUAAACAAUCGGCGAAGCAAGAUGAGCAAUCCUCUGAAAGUGAAGAAGAAUUGUGUUUGCCUAAACGAAACUGUCCAGACAUACGCAAGUUAGCAAGCAUCCAAAAUGCCAUUCCUAGCGAAACAGAGGAAUCCGUGGAGCUAACCACCGAUAAAGACGGCCAACCAGUUGGUGAUGAACCUAUGGGGGAGAUAGUGUCUUCUGAGAGAGUAGCUGAAAGUGAAGUUGUGACAAUGAAUAUUGAGAAGGAGACACUUGUACUCGCGCAAACGUCAACACAGGGCAGUACUCCCUUGUCAGUGACUUCGUCUCUUAGUGAGAAACUGGUGUCGGCUAACGAGCCGGAAUGUAACCAAGGGUUUGAAGCCGAACUGCAAGCUUUCAUGAGGGCAUUUUCGGCCGAUGCCUUAACCCAACCCGAAUGCUUCUUGGCCAUCCCACAAGUACCUACCUCUCAAGCCACGUCAAGGGAGGAAAUUGAUGGGGCGCUGAAGGUGGUAAAUAGAACUUUAUCGCAGCCAUUGAAAGAAUUUGUGGAAACAGACCAACUACCAAAAGUGAAAGCGGCCAUGGAUUUGUUGCUUGGAGCCAAAUACUUUGCCCCGUCCAAGGUAGCCCUCAUUUAUGAGAAGCUAGAAGUGUUGACCCAAAAAAUAUCUCGUGUAGCCGGCUCUUAUCAAGAAAUAGAAAAAAGGAGGCAACAAACCUUGGCUUGUGAGCACAUGAAGAAAGCCAUGGUUCCUGAGUUUGGGUGGUGUAUGGAGCAAAAACGGGUUGUGCAGUCUCUCGACAGCAAGAUAAAUGAGGUGGAAAGACAAUUGGCGUCCUUGAAACAAGAGAGACAAGAAGUGGUAGAAAAGCUUCUUCAAAGGAGUAAGCAGUGUUUCCAAAGCCAAGAACAACUGAAAAAGAUAGAGGCCGAAUUGAAAAAUUCCGAGCCUAAGUGUAUACAACUUGAGAGUGACCUUCUAGACACUGGUUUUACCUUGGGGGCUCUUAAAGCUUUAUUGGCCGAGCAAGGAUGAUUUAUGUAGGUGGCCCUUUUGGCGGCCAUUGGCCGGUUUUUUUUUGUUUGUUUUUGGAAAUAUUGGAAACUUAUGGGCCGAUGAAAAACUAAUUAUUUGCUUGUCAAUAAAUUAUCAUAAACCUUGUUGUGUCA